UGUACAAGAAGAUCACACAAUCCCUCUCGUACUAGAGCUCAAAGGAACCACAGUAAUGGGCAACCGCAAACUAUUUGCAGUUGUCCUGUUGUGCUGCCUGAUCGCCGUGGUCGCGGCGAUGCCCGCAGAGCACGUCGAACUAGUACAAGACGGCGAGGCCAUCUCGACCUACCUGGUGCACGUCGCGUACUCCCACUCGCCGCGCGCGACGCGAAACACAGCCCGCCUCACCCGCGCUUACACCUCUUUCCUCCGCGACACUCUCCCCACGGGCAUGAACGCGCCAGCGCCCAGCAUCCUCUACUCUUACGCGCACGCCAUGACGGGCUUCGCGGCACGUCUCACGGCGCGCCAGGCGGCGCACCUGGAGGCCCAGCCCUCCGUCCUCGCCGUCAUCCCCGACAGGCUGUACGAGCUCCACACCACGCUGUCCUCUUCAUUCCUCGGCCUCACACCGUCCUCGCCGCUCAUGAUGGAGUCGAACAGCGCCACGGACGUUGUGAUCGGCGUCAUAGACACCGGCAUCUACCCUAAGGACCGCGCGUCCUUCGCCGCCGACCCGUCGAUGACUCCUCCUCCACGAACCUUCCGAGGGGGCUGUGUAUCCACCCCCGAUUUCAAUGCGACUGAAUACUGCAACAACAAGCUCGUAGGGGCCAAGUUCUUCCAGAAAGGACAGGUGGCUAUGGCAUCCAGAUCGCCACUCGAUGUGGAAGGACAUGGCACGCACUGUGCCUCCAUCGCCGCCGGUGCCCCUGUCCCGAAUGCUAACCUCUUCGGCUUUGGGCAGGGCACCGCCAAGGGUACAGCCUCGGGUGCGCGCAUUGCAUCGUACAAUGUAUGCGGCGGCGGGUGCACGUCUAGCGACAUCGUGGCGGGCAUCAAUGAAGCGAUCGCCGACAGGGUGGACGUCAUGUCCAUCUCUAUUGGUCUAAACGCUACACAUCUGCUCAGUGAUCCCAUGAUGACCGCUUCGUUCAGGGCCGUUCGUGAAGGCAUAUUUGUGUCCACCUCCGCCGGGAACUAUGGCCCUGGCAAGGCCACCGUCAAAAACCUUGCCCCCUGGGUGUGUACAGUGGGCGCCUCGACCAUGAACCGUGAGUUCAGGGCACCCGUCGUUCUCGGCAACGGGAAGACCUACACUGGCUACUCGCUUUACUCCGGCCCAGAUCCAUAUGGUACAAUGAAACCGCUAGUCUACAGCGGUGAUGCUGGCUCAGAUGGGUGCGAAGUUGGGAAACUUGACCCCAGCAAGGUCAAGGGCAAGAUUGUCUUGUGCGCCGCUGGAGGCGCAGCGCAAGGAUUGGCUGUCAAGCAAGCUGGUGGGGUUGGUGCCAUAAUCGCAAGCAGUGCAGCUGAGGGUGAGUAUACCAGAGCCGAUGCCCACCUGCUCCCGGCCGUUUCGGUCACGAACGCGGAUGCCGUGGAGAUCGCAAAGUACUCCCAGACUCCAAACCCAAUGGCGAGCAUCUCCUACUUCAGCACCGUCACGGGAGUGGUAAAUCCACCUUCCCCGAGGCUCGCAUCCAUGUCCGGCCGAGGGCCGAACCGAGUGGCGCCGGAGAUCCUCAAGCCCGACAUCAUCGCGCCGGGCAUCCAAAUCCUUGCCGCGUGGACGGGCGUAGUCUCACCCUCGCAGCUCGCCAUGGACGCGAGGCGUGUCAAGUUCAACAUCAUCUCCGGUACAUCCAUGGCCACCCCACAGGUGAGCGGCAUCGCAGCUCUACUCAAGGUGGCCAGGCCCGGAUGGAGCCCAGCGGCGAUCAAGUCAGCGAUGAUGACCACGGCCUACACUGUGGACAACACCGGCGGCGUCAUCAUCGACAUGUCCACCGGCAAGGCGGCAGGGCCGUUCCAGAUAGGGGCCGGCCAUGUCGACCCCAACCGCGCCCUCGACCCAGGGAUGGUGUACGACGCCGACGAAGACCACUACAUCUCCUUCCUUUGUUCUCUAGGGUACACGCCCCCGAUAAUCGCCAUCUUUACUGGAGGCCCUCCGGUGAUGGACAUCUGCUCGAAGCGCCAGGCCAUCGCCGUGGGUGACCACAACUACCCGGCCUUCUCGGUGGCGUUCAAGUCGUACGAAGAGAAGGUCACGCAGCGCCGCGUCGUGCGCAACGUCGGGAGCAACGUCAAUGCCGUGUACACCUUCAGCUAUCUCGCUUCACCUACUGGUUGGAGUGCCAUCGUGAAUCCCUCCAAACUGGUGUUCGACGCGGAGCACCAAAAUCUGGAGUACACGGUCACAUUCUCGCUGAUAAAGUCAGCAGCCAGCAAAAGUUCCCAGACGGAGGCGCACUCCGCACUCGUGUGGACCGACGGCAAGCACAAGGUGGUAAGCCCCAUAGUCUUGACCUGGCCGGCUUCGACGGCUGCCGUGGCUGCCAUGUGAUGGGGAUCUUCAUGCGUGUCUACUCAUUAUUCCUCUUGUUGUGUGUAAUAUCCAAAUAAGGUUUGUCAGCCUAGUGUCCGUUGAAAACUGUACCAGUAUGUGAUUAAGAAGGGACAAUGUGUAUGUACGUGUAUA